UAGUUUCCUAUGGACUUUGAGGCGUGCGUCUGCAACCGCCACAAUGGCUCCUCUGAAAACCAAAGGAGCCGUUGUAGCUGCGAUCUCCGUGUCCGUGGCUGUGCUCUCAUACAUGCUAUGCAAAUACAAAUCCAAGAAGAAGAGUUUUCCCCUCUCUAAGAACAAGAAAACGAGAAAUGGGCUCGUUUAUGCUGUGGGUAACACUCCCAUGAUUAGAAUCAAUAGCCUCUCUGAAGCCACCGGUUGUGAAAUUCUUGGCAAGUGCGAGUUUCUGAAUCCAGGGGGCAGUGUGAAAGACAGGGUUGCUGUGAAAAUAAUUGAAGAGGCUCUGGAGUCUACACAGCUAUCCCAAGGUGGAGUAGUUACUGAGGGAAGCGCUGGAAGCACAGCUAUCAGCCUUGCUACAGUGGCUCCUGCUUAUGGAUGCAGAUGCCAUGUGGUUAUCCCAGAUGAUGUUGCUAUUGAGAAGUCUCAAAUCCUUGAAGCUUUGGGAGCUACUGUUGAAAGGGUUAGACCAGUUUCAAUUACACACAGAGACCACUAUGUCAAUGUUGCUCGGCGAAGGGCAUUAGAAGCAAAUGAGUUAGCAUCAAAGCUUAGGAAAGUUGAUCAAAUUGAUGGAGACUCAGGGCAACUUAAUGGUUAUAGAUCUGAUGGAGAAAGACAAGGUUUGGUUUUCUCAAGAUAUUGCAAUGGUGGUUUCUUUGCUGAUCAAUUUGAAAAUUUGGCAAAUUUUCGUGCCCACUAUGAGGGUACUGGUCCUGAGAUUUGGGAACAAACCUGUGGCAAUUUGGAUGCAUUUGUGGCAGCUGCAGGCACUGGGGGGACUGUGGCGGGUGUUUCUAGGUUUCUGCAGGAAAAGAAUUCAAAUAUCAAGUGCUUUCUCAUAGAUCCACCUGGCUCUGGUUUGUUCAAUAAGGUAACAAGAGGCGUCAUGUACACUAAAGAGGAAGCUGAAGGGAAAAGGCUAAAGAAUCCAUUUGACACAAUAACUGAGGGAAUUGGAAUUAACAGGGUAACACAGAAUUUUAUGAUGGCACAACUUGAUGGUGCUUUUAGAGGCACAGAUAAAGAGGCUGUUGAAAUGUCAAGGUAUCUUUUAAAAAACGAUGGUCUCUUUCUGGGGAGCUCUUCAGCCAUGAAUUGUGUGGGGGCUGUUAGAGUUGCGCAGUCGAUUGGUCCUGGUCAUACAAUUGUAACCAUUUUAUGCGAUAGUGGGAUGAGGCAUCUUAGCAAGUUCUAUAAUGCUGAGUAUCUGUCACAGCAUGGUCUGACACCAACAGCAAAUGGUUUGGAGUUCCUUGGCAUCAAAUGAAAGAAUUGGAUUGCUUAAGAUCUUUGUCCAGAGUUAAAGGAGUGUAAUGCAACCAUGUUCAUUUGCAAAGUUCUACCAAAGCUGUCCUCUGAAUGUUUGAUCUGAAAUAUUUUUGGCGAUAAGAUUCUGAAGCUGUGACGUUAGGUAGAUUGAUCACCAUUCUUUUAUAAGGAUUAGGAAAUUACUUGUUACAGAGUAGAGCAUACAAUGUCGAUAAUUAUUACUUUUGGUCUAGUUGAGUUUGAAACACCGUUGGUAAUGAAAUCUCUGUGCCUUGCA